AUGUUCGUGAGAGGUGGCUCGCGCCUACCCGAACUGGCGGCGCUGAUCUCUGCUUUGAUUGCGCCUGCACUGGGCCAGGUCUCUGCGGUGGAAUGCUCUGUUGGCGCCUAUGACUGGGCCACGAACUCAUUGGGGCAAGACGCCUGCCUCCAGGCUGCGUACGUGGUAUCGGCGUGCAACAACGGCUUCGCCAACGUCACGGCGCUUAUCGAUCCCGAGGGCGGUACAGUAUACACAGGCCCCAGCGGGAUAGACGUCGGCGACAUCUGCAAGUGCAAUAGCGUCGGAUACUCGAUUAUCAGUGCUUGCGCAGGAUGCCAGGGUGGUUCGUGGCUUCCCUAUUCCGCUUUCGUCUUCAACUGCACUACCACCAGUCCUCUGACAGAGUGGCCUACCGACGUGAAGAUCCCCCCUGAUACUGCUUUCCCAGACUGGGCCUUCCAGAACCUUACGGCUGGUACCUGGAGCAAUGCUUCUGCGGCUGCCUAUAAGCAGAAGGACUCCAAAGAGCAAACAUCGUCCACCUACCCGCCCCAGUCAGACUCCGGCUCGAGCAGCGGUGGGUCAAACGCUGGCGCCAUUGCGGGUGGCGUCGUAGGCGGCGUUGUUGGCCUUGCUCUCAUCGCCGGACUUGCGUACUGGUUCUGGCGGCGGCGUCGUGCAACGAAGCCGGAGAGCCUUGCCCCAAGUGCCGUCUACCUGGCGUCGACGCCUCAACCGCAGGAGACGAGCUUCCGCUCCAGCAUCCCGAUGUCGCAGCGCAAGUUUUAUGAUCCUUCCGACCCGACGACCUACCCUGAUGCCACUUUCACGAGUUACCAGGACUCGGAGCCCGCCACCCCUGGCACUAUGUCUCCGCACCAUCGGGCGAUGACCUCUGUUGGCAGCCGCAGCGACUUCGCCACAGAGGCUUCCAACUACCGCGGUCUACCCGAAGUCUGA